AGUUCCGGUCCGCCGGCCGGAAUCUGAGACAGCGAGGGAAGGCGCCCGUCCCGCACUUCGCCGCUCUCCGCCCGCAAUCGCCCGGGACACCCGCCGCGACACCGACACCGACACCGGCCGCCGCCGCCGCCGCCGCCGCGCCAUGGCGCUCGCAAGGCAAGUGCUUUGUGUGUGUGCUUUGCUGGGGCUGCCGCUCGCUCGCGCCGAGCCCAUCCGCUACUCCGUAGCCGAGGAGGCGGAAAGCGGCUCCCUGGUAGGCGAGCUGGCCGAGGACGCGGGGCUGACGCCGGCGCAGCUCUCGGCUCGCCGCGCCCGCCUGGUCUCGGAGGACGGCCGCCAGCAUUUUCGCUUGGAGCGCGCCUCCGGCCGCCUCGUCGUGGCGGGGAGGCUGGACCGGGAGCAGCUGUGCGCCCAGGCCGACACCUGCAUGCUCCCCUUCGAGCUGCUGCUCUCCGACCCCCUGCAGUUCUUUCGGGUCGAGGUAGAUCUGGAGGAUAUCAAUGACCACUCACCUGUCUUCCCCGAGGAAAGAGUCACUUUUAAGAUCCUGGAAACGAGCGAUUCUGGCUCUCGUUUCCCACUGGAGGAGGCUCAAGAUCUAGACAUUGGCAGCAACACAGUCCAGGAUUACAGCAUUGCUCCCGAGAAUGAGCAUUUCAGUGUCUCCUAUGGGACUGGGAUUACAGGGAAGAAGUAUCUUGAACUUGUUUUGGUAAAGCCACUAGACAGAGAGGAGCAGGAAGAGAUGGGUUUCAGACUUAUUGCUGUAGAUGGAGGCUCUCCACCCAGAAGUGGCACCACUGAAAUCAAUGUUGUCAUUCUAGAUGUAAAUGACAAUGCUCCGAUAUUCACAGAGGAGGAGUACAUAGGAAAGAUUCAGGAGAACAUGCCAGAAGGCUCAGUGGUUCUGACUGUGCUGGCAACUGACCCGGAUGCAGGAGUUAAUGGGGACAUCUCCUAUCAAAUCAGCCAGGCAGUAGGACAGGGUGAUUCAGUAUUUCUGAUUGAUCCAAUAACUGGUGAAAUUAAACUCACAAAAACUCUGGACUUUGAGGAAGCACAGCAUCAUGAACUCCGUGUGAGGGCCACAGAUGGUGGAGGGCUGUCAGCAAUCUGCAAGGUGUUGGUGGAGGUGGUGGAUGUGAAUGACAAUGCCCCAGAGCUGGUGGUCAGUUCCUUCAGCAGUCCCCUCCCCGAGAACACAGUGCCCGGCACGGUGGUUGCCCUGUUUACGGUCAGGGACCGGGAUUCUGGUGCCAACGGGAAGAUCUCCUGUGCCCUGCAGGAUCAGCUCUUCUUCUCCCUGCGGCCAGCCUACAAGAAUUACUAUGAGCUGGUGACAGUGAGCGCGCUGGACCGCGAGGAGACGCCUCAGCACAUCCUCAGUGUGACGGCAGCAGAUGCGGGCUCGCCUCCUCUCACCGCCACGCACACCUUCACCGUGGACAUCUCCGACGUCAAUGACAAUGCCCCCGUCUUCAACCAGACCUCCUACACCAUGUACGUGCGUGAGAACAACGUGGCCACGGUGUUUGUGGGAGCCGUGAGCGCUGCAGAUGCUGACGUGGGGCUGAAUGCCAAGGUGACCUAUUCCCUGGCAGCAGAGCAAGGGCCAGAGCGGGCCUGGUGCUCCUGCAUCUCGGUGAACUCGGAGAAGGGACACGUGUUUGUGCUGCGGCCCCUGGACUACGAGCGCUUGAGGCAGACCGAGGUGACGGUCAGUGCCUCUGACGCGGGCUCUCCUCCGCUGAGAGCCAACGUCACCGUGCGCCUGGUGGUGCUGGAUGAGAACGACAACGCCCCGCUGGUGCUCUACCCGGCCCAGGAGAGCGGCCCGGCCUCCAGCGAGCUGGUGCCCGUGUCGGCCGAGGCGGGCUACCUGAUCAGCAAAGUGGUGGCCGUCGAUGCCGACUCGGGACAGAACUCGUGGCUCUCCUACCACCUGCUCAGGGCCACCGACCCAGGCCUGUUUGCCGUGGGCCUGCAAAGCGGCGAGGUGCGUCUCAGGAGGCCGGUGACAGAGAGAGACAGCGUCAAGCAGAAGCUGGUGGUGCUGGUCAGAGACAACGGCAAGCCCCCGCUGUCAGCCACGGCAGCUCUCAGCGCUCUCCUGCUCAAGGACUUCUCCGACGUGCGCCUGCCGCACAGCAGCCCGGCCAGCGAGGAUCAGGCCGCUGCAUCCCUGACCACCUAUUUAAUCAUUGCCUUGGUCUUUGUCUCCCUCCUCUUCCUCAUCUCCACGGCAGUGCUGCUGGCUCGCAAGGUGUGCAGGAGGAAGGAGCUGAAGGCUGGCCAUGUGCUCUAUGCUGCCGACACCUUGCAGAGCGGCCUGGCCGAUGCGGCCGCUGCAGGGACCCUGCCCCGCGCCUAUUGCUACGAGAUCAGCCUCACCACGGGCUCGGGCAACAGCGAGUUCAGAUUCCUCAAGCCCAUCCUGCCCAGCCUGCCCCCACAGCACUGCGCCGUGGGCCAGGGCCCCGAUGAGGAACAGGAUUCCCCCGGUGUCCCUGUCAGCAGCGAGGACAUGGCCCCAGACAAUGCUGGCACUCUCUCUGCAGGACAGUUCAACGCUCUUUCCUUUGACUAGCUGGGGUCUGCACAGACUGAGGCUUCAUGGAUCUUGGGAGGAGAGCACCAGGGCCGCAGCAUGUGCUAAUAUUUCCUCCAUCAUAGAUAUAUACUUUUAAUUGAUUUAUCCAACUUCCUGCAAAUUGUCUUUGAAAUAAUUGUCUACCACUCCUAAACGCAAUGAAGAUUUUAAAAGAAGUCAAGGUUUUCUCACUUAGUUUUUAAUGGGUUUCACCUUUGCUUCUGCCUAUUCUAAUAAGCUUAUGUAUGUGUUUAGCUCUCAAUCUGAUCUGUUUUCUCUUGCUGUCUGACAAGACAGAGGAUCUUUUUUUUUUCAUCUUUGAGGCAGUAUCACUGUUGGCCAAACCACUCAUACCCUCAUUGAAAUGGAAAAAUAUUUUCCCACCUCUGGAAGACCAGGAAGUUUUGAGUCCGGUGUCACAAUCUCACAUGAAUACUAGGCCCCUUUUUGCUUGGCUUCUGGAUUUCUCUUUAUGAGAUGUGAGCUCUGUGUGCUUUGCUUUCUUGUCAAACUGUUUGUCCAUGCAGACAACACUGAAUAUCUGCAGAUGCUUCAGAAUCACUGUCUGCUGAAGC